AUGGCUGCUCAGCUGCUCGUUCCACCUGGACCUGACAGCUUCCGGCACUUCGUGCCCGAGUCUCUCGCUGCUAUCGAGCGCCGCAUCGCAGAGGAGGCGGCCCAACGGCCCAAAGGCGAGAGACGGCCUGAUGAUGAUGACGAAAAUGGGCCCAAACCCAACAGUGAUCUGGAGGCGGGAAAAUCCCUGCCCUUCAUCUAUGGAGACAUUCCGCCCAACAUGGUGUCUGUGCCACUGGAGGACCUGGACACCUACUACAGCAAACAAAACACCUUUAUAGUAUUGAAUCGUGGAAAGGCUAUAUUUCGCUUUAACGCUACGCCGGCCUUGUACAUUUUGAGCCCAUUCAAUCCUUUUAGGAGAAUCUCCAUCAAGAUCCUGGUGCAUUCGCUCUUCAGUUUCGUGAUCAUGUGCACAAUCUUGACCAACUGCGCCUUCAUGACCCUCAGCAGUCCUCCGGACUGGGCCAAGAAUGUGGAGUACACGUUCACAGGGAUCUACACCUUUGAGUCCCUGAUUAAGAUCCUGGCUCGGGGCUUCUGCGUGGGGAAGUUCACUUUCCUGCGAGACCCCUGGAACUGGCUGGAUUUCAGUGUCAUUCUGAUGGCAUAUGUAACAGAAUUUGUGGAUCUGGGCAAUGUCUCAGCACUGAGAACCUUCAGGGUUUUACGAGCGCUCAAAACUAUAUCAGUGAUUCCAGGGCUGAAGACCAUCGUCGGCGCUCUGAUCCAGUCCGUGAAGAAGCUGUCAGAUGUAAUGAUCCUGACAGUCUUCUGUCUAAGCGUGUUUGCUCUGAUCGGGCUGCAGCUCUUCAUGGGAAUCCUUCGGCAGAAGUGUUUGAAGAUACCGGAGGCCAACUUCACUGAAAACCUGACCACCUCACUCAACUUCAGCAUUGGCUUAGAGCUGCACAACUCCACUUUUAACUGGACAGAGUAUAUUAGUGAUGAUAGAAAUUAUUAUUACCUCCCAGGCCGUAAAGAUGCUUUGUUGUGUGGAAAUUCUAGUGAUGCAGGUCAAUGUCCAGAGGGCUUCUCGUGUAUAAAAGCGGGUCGUAAUCCUGACUAUGGCUAUACAAGCUUUGACACGUUCAGCUGGGCCUUCCUCUCACUCUUCAGACUCAUGACACAAGACUUCUGGGAAAACCUGUACCAGCAGACCUUACGUGCAGCAGGAAAGCCCUAUAUGAUCUUCUUUGUGCUGGUGAUCUUCCUGGGCUCUUUCUAUCUAGUGAAUCUCAUCCUGGCUGUGGUGGCCAUGGCAUAUGAUGAGCAGAACCAGGCCACCAUAGAGGAAGCCCAACAGAAAGAAGAAGAGUUUCAAGCCAUGCUGGAACAGCUAAAGAGGCAACAGGAAGAGGCACAGGUAGUUGCCGCGGCAGCAGCAACAGAGAGUGGGGAGUACAGCGGGAGGGGGGGCUUGUCAGAGGAGAGCUCCUCCGGGGGGUCCAGACUUAGCUCCAAGAGUGCUAAAGAGCGAAGGAACCGGCGGAAGAAGCUAAAACAAAGGGAGGAAGAAGAAAAAGCCGAUCAGGAGAAGUUCCAUAAGUCAGCAUCAGAGGACAGUAUCAGACGGCCUGGAUUUCGAUUCUCCAUAGAUGCCAACCGACUCUCUUAUGAGAAAAAGUGCUCCACUCCAAAUCAGUCUCUGCUCAGCAUCCGCGGUUCUCUUUUCUCCCCGAGGAGAAACAGUCGUGCAAGCCUGUUCAGUUUUCGCGGUAGAGCGCGGGACUUUGGCUCAGAGAAUGAUUUUGCUGAUGAUGAGCACAGCACGUUUGAGGAUAGCGACAGUCGCCGUGGAUCGCUCUUCGUACCUCGAUGUAUUGAGAGAAGAAGUUCCACUGUCAGUCACUGUAGCAUGGCCCCCAGGAUUAUGCUUCCAGCCAAUGGGAAGAUGCACUGCACCGUCGAUUGCAAUGGUGUGGUCUCUCUGGUGGGUGGGACUUCGGUGCCGACGUCACCAAUCGGACGGUUGCUACCUGAGGUAGAGCAAAUAAAUGGUACGACCACCGAGUCUGAAGCACGGAAAAAGUGUUCUGGAUCACACCGGCCGUCUGAUUAUCUGGACGAGACAGUGGCCAGAAAAAGAGCUCUAAGUGUGGCUAGCAUUCUGACAAAUACUAUGGAAGAACUCGAGGAAUCGCGGCAGAAGUGUCCUCCUUGCUGGUACAAGUUUGCCAAUGGUUUCCUCAUCUGGGACUGCUGUCCAGCAUGGCUGAAGGUGAAGGAGAUUGUGAACAUGGUGGUGAUGGAUCCGUUUGUUGAUCUGGCAAUAACCAUCUGCAUUGUCCUUAAUACCCUCUUCAUGGCAAUGGAACACUAUCCCAUGACUGAAGAGUUCAACCAUGUGCUCUUAGUGGGCAAUCUGGUGUUCACAGGAAUCUUCACAGCAGAGAUGUGUCUGAAGGUCAUUGCUCUGGACCCUUAUUACUACUUCCAAGAGGGCUGGAAUAUCUUUGACGGCAUCAUCGUGAGUCUGAGCCUCAUGGAGCUGGGACUAGCCAAUGUGGAGGGGCUUUCAGUCUUACGGUCUUUUAGAUUGCUGAGAGUGUUUAAGCUGGCAAAGUCUUGGCCCACUCUGAACAUGCUGAUCAAGAUCAUUGGUAACUCAGUUGGUGCUUUGGGGAAUCUAACCCUGGUUCUGGCCAUCAUCGUCUUCAUAUUUGCUGUGGUGGGAAUGCAGCUUUUCGGAAAGAGCUACCGUGAAUGCGUCUGCAAAAUCUCAGAGGACUGCGAGUUGCCUAGGUGGCACAUGGACGAUUUCUUCCACUCCUUCCUGAUCGUGUUCCGGGUGCUGUGUGGUGAAUGGAUUGAGACAAUGUGGGACUGCAUGGAAGUGGCAGGACAAACAAUGUGUCUCAUUGUCUUCAUGAUGGUCAUGGUCAUUGGGAAUCUGGUGGUGUUGAACCUGUUCCUGGCCUUGCUGCUGAGCUCUUUCAGUGCUGACAAUCUGGCCGCCACAGACGAUGACAGCGAAAUGAAUAACCUACAGAUCGCAGUGGGCAGAAUACAGAAAGGUUUCGCGCUGGUGAAGUCCACUUUACGUCAAUUCCUGCAAAGCCUCUGCUUGACCGGCUCCAAACCGGGCACUCUAGAUGAGGAGAAACCCCUCGAUGACCUCCACAGCGCCGGCAAGGAGAACUGCUUGUCUAAUCAUGCUCCCGUAGCCAUUGAUAUCACUAAAGGCUAUCUGAAGGAGGGCUGCGUCUCCCCGGGUAACGGGGUCAAAGGUCACGUUAAGUAUGGAAUUGAGGAGGGUGACUACAUGUCGUUCAUACACAAUCCCUGCCUUACGGUUACAGUACCAAUUGCGGUUGGAGAAUCGGACUUUGAAAAUCUGAACACGGAAGACUUCAGUAGUGACUCGUCUGACGUGGAGGGCAGUAAAGAGAAGCUUCCGAUAGAUGUGGUUCUCAGUUCCUCAGAGGGGAGCACGGUGGAUAUCCGACCCCCUGGAGAGGGGGUGGAGUCCAUCGAGUUGGAGCCAGAGGAGUCCCUGGACCCAGAGGCCUGCUUCACUGAAGGCUGUGUGAUGAGGUUUCAGUGCUGUCAGGUGGAAGUGGAAAGGGGAAACUGGAAGAGUUGGUGGACUCUCAGGAAAACCUGCUUUAUUAUUGUAGAGCACAACUGGUUUGAGUCCUUCAUCAUCUUCAUGAUUUUACUGAGCAGUGGAGCACUGGCAUUCGAGGACAUUUACAUUGAGCAGCGUAAGACGAUAAAAACAGUGUUGGAAUAUGCGGAUAAAGUCUUCACCUACAUCUUUAUUUUGGAGAUGCUUCUGAAAUGGGUUGCAUAUGGCUUCGUCAAAUACUUCACCAACGCCUGGUGCUGGCUUGACUUCCUGAUAGUUGAUGUGUCGUUGGUGAGUCUGGUAGCAAAUGCUCUUGGUUACUCUGAACUAAGUGCAAUUAAGUCCCUGAGAACACUGCGUGCUCUUAGACCUUUGAGAGCACUGUCACGCUUUGAGGGAAUGAGGGUUGUCGUGAAUGCUCUGCUGGGAGCCAUUCCUUCCAUUAUGAAUGUUCUGCUGGUGUGCUUGAUCUUCUGGCUAAUCUUCAGCAUCAUGGGGGUGAACCUCUUUGCUGGGAAAUACUAUCAUUGUGUUAAUAUCACCAAUGAUGAGAUGUUUCCCAUCAGUGUGGUGAACAACAAGUCUGAAUGUUUUGCCCUGAUCAAAAACAAUGACACAGCACGCUGGAUAAAUGUGAAAAUUAAUUUCGAUAACGUGGGAGCCGGAUACCUGGCCCUAUUGCAAGUGGCCACAUUUAAAGGAUGGAUGGACAUCAUGUAUGCCGCUGUGGAUUCCCGUGAUUUGGAGCAACAGCCUAACUAUGAAUCAAAUCUUUACAUGUACCUGUACUUUGUAAUCUUCAUUAUCUUUGGCUCGUUCUUCACCCUCAACCUCUUUAUUGGUGUCAUCAUCGACAACUUCAAUCAGCAAAAGAAAAAGCUUGGAGGUCAGGAUAUCUUCAUGACAGAAGAGCAGAAGAAAUAUUACAAUGCCAUGAAGAAACUGGGAUCUAAAAAGCCUCAAAAGCCAAUUCCCAGGCCUACGAACAAGUUUCAGGGCUUUGUCUUUGACUUAAUCACCAAACAAGCCUUCGACAUUCUCAUUAUGAUCCUGAUCUGCUUGAACAUGGUGACCAUGAUGGUGGAAACUGAUGACCAGACAAAGGAGAUGGAUGACAUUCUCUACUGGAUAAACCUGGUUUUCAUUGUCCUCUUCACUGGAGAAUGUACACUCAAGAUGGUCUCCCUGCGACACUAUUACUUCACCAUUGGCUGGAAUGUGUUUGACUUUGUGGUGGUGAUUCUGUCAAUUGUUGGCAUGUUCCUUUCGGAUAUAAUCGAGAAAUACUUUGUAUCGCCAACCUUAUUCCGAGUCAUCAGACUUGCCAGAAUCGGUCGCAUUCUUCGUCUCAUCAAAGGAGCCAAAGGCAUUCGUACCCUCCUAUUUGCCUUGAUGAUGUCACUUCCUGCCUUGUUCAAUAUUGGCCUCCUCCUUUUCCUAGUCAUGUUUAUCUAUGCCAUCUUUGCAAUGUCCAACUUUGCCUACGUGAAGCAUGAGGCGGGGAUUGACGAUAUGUUCAACUUUGAGACAUUUGGAAACUCUAUGCUUUGCUUGUUCCAGAUCACCACAUCUGCAGGAUGGGACGGCCUCUUAGCGCCCAUCCUGAAUAAGCAAUAUCCAGAUUGUGAUAGUGAAACAGAGCACCCGGGCAGCUUGUACCACGGAGACUGCGGAAACCCUUCAGUUGGCAUUUUCUUCUUUGUAAGCUACAUCAUUAUCUGCUUCCUGAUUGUGGUGAACAUGUACAUUGCUGUCAUCUUGGAGAACUUCAGCGUAGCCACAGAAGAGAGUGCUGAACCACUCAGUGAGGAUGACUUUGAAAUGUUUUAUGAAGUCUGGGAGCGCUUUGACCCCAACGCCACGCAGUUUGUUGAAUACGACAAGCUUUCAUACUUCGCGGACGCUCUGGAUCCUCCUUUACGCAUCCCCAAGCCCAACAAGAUCCAGCUGAUAGCUAUGGACCUGCCUAUGGUCAGUGGUGACCGAAUCCACUGCCUAGACAUUCUGUUUGCCUUCACACUGAGGGUCCUUGGAGAGGAGGGUGAGAUGGAUGCCCUGAGAGGACAGAUGGAGGAUCGGUUCAUGGCCUCCAAUCCCUCCAAAGUCUCCUACGAGCCCAUCACAACAACCCUCCGCCGUAAACAGGAGGAGAUGUCUGCCGUAAUAAUCCAGAGGGCCUUCCGACGGCACCGCAUAAGGGUAACCAUAAAGAAGGCUUCCAAAGCGUACCGGCAACAGCUGCAGGAUGGGGGCAUACAUAUCCCGGAGAAGGAGGUGCUUGUAAUUGGAAAGUUUCAAGAGAACUCAUCGGACAAAACAGACAUGACUCCCUCCUCUGCCUCUCCACCCUCUUAUAACAGUGUGGCCAAGUCAGAAAAGGACAAAUAUGAGAAGGAGAGGAGAGAGAAGGAGGACAAAGCAAAAGAUGCAAAGGACAGAAAAAAAUGAACAAGGGAUUACAUUUUUUUUCAGUUGAGACACUGUUUACAGAGAGGAGUGAGAGCAGUGUGGUCCAAUUCACCUCAAGCGGUUUUGGAACUAAUGCCAAACUGAACGUGUGGAGUGGAGUGUGUGUAUGUGCGUGUGUCUAGAUUACUGUGUGUGUGUGUGUGUGUGUGUGUGUGUGUGUGUGUGUGUGUGUGUGUGUGUGUGUGUGUGUGUGUGUGUGUGUGUGUGUGUGUGUGUGCACAUUGAGCUAGCCUUAGGAUGCAUUUAUGGUGUUGACAGAGAGCGUUCAUUCAAGGACAGUGCCAGCUUCAACACAACAUACCUGCACACACACACACGCUAAAAGAGUAUGACUGUUGUAUCCCUAAGGAUGCUGGUGCACAACAAAAUGGCAAGUAUAGAGUGGUGUGUGAGAUUGUCUUUUAGUUUUGAGUGUUGAUAAACAAUCCUGAGGACUGAAAGAAACUGUUAUAGUCAUCAGUAGCUAGUGCUAACACUACCGCUGGUGUCUUUCUUAUUGAAUACCUGUAGUGUAUUGUAUACCUGCACAUUUUUGUUAGCUAAUUUUUUUAAUCAUAUUGAACUUUUCUACUUAUGGGUUUGAUUGUCUGCAUUACUUCAUUUAAGGGCACGUCUGUGAAGGAGAAUAGGAAUGUGGAUCAUAUCCAGUAGUAAAUUAUCUGAAUGCACCUACAACUGGACCUCAUUUACUUUAGCAUUAGCGCAUGCCGAACAAAAUCACACACAUAUAAACAGGUAGGUUCCAAGUGCUAGGAAAUCAAUCGCUCUGUAAGCUGAGAUCAGAAUGAUACUGCACUAAUCAGGAUUUUUACAAAUAGAAUGUUUUAUUAUUAUUAUUACUAGAUUACACUGCCUUACAGAAAACAAAUACAAAAAUGGAUUAAUCUUUUAAUGUUGGUAGUAGAAGGAGCUAAACUGUAUUAUUGAUUUUUUCUAAAUGUAUCUAAUUCAAACUUUAAUUUGCAAACCACAGAUGAUGGGUAAUAUGAGACAUUUAUUAACCCCACAGUGACUACCAUAAUGUUCGCAGACUUUAAGAAGCCUGAAUGUAUGCUCUGUUGAACGUGACAAGAAACAGUAAUAUAACCCUGAAUGUGUCCAUACCAGACAGCCACAUGUCUCACCUCCUCGUUUUAUUUUGUAACAACAACAAAAAAGAAUGCAUAUAUACACCGAUCAGCCACAACAUUUAAACCACCUGCCUAAUAUUGUGUAGGUCCCACUCGUGCCACCAAAACAGCACCAACCCACAUCUCAGAAUAGUCUUCUGACCACAAUUGUACAGAGCAGUUGUCUGAAUUACCGUAGAUUUUGUCAGUUCGAACCAGUCUGGCCAUUAUCCAUUGACCACUCUCAUCAACAUCCCAGGAGAUUAGCAGUUACAGAAAUUCUCAAACCACCAACAAUCAUCCAUGCAAAUAUCUAAUCAGCCAAUCAUGUGGCAGCAGUGCAGUGCAUGAAAUCACGCAGAAACGGGUCAGGAGCUUCAGUUAAUGUGGCAUGAUUGUUGGUGCCAGAU